GUGCUUUUCAAGGUGAAGGUGAACUAUACAGAAUCUGAUUGAAAACAAUGCAUCAACAACAGCAGCUGUCUGGUGCCAAUGCAGUUAACCCAGCUGUGGCAAUGCAGCAGUAUUUACCAAUGGGUGAUCCACAACAACAGCAACAGCCUAAGCAGACCCCAGCAGAACAACAAGUGAGUCCUUUACUUGCCGCACCACAGCCCCUGGCUUCCCCCAUGUCUACAAAUCAUGUACCACAGUACAGCCCUGAGACCAAUGCCAAGUAUAAACUGAAGUACAAGAGACUGAGAAAAGUUGUGAAACAAGUGAUGUUUUUGAAUGCAGCUCUGUGUGAUGAAGUGGUCAAGGCAGAGGAAAGGGUCAUCAGGUCCAGAGAAGAGAGAAGGUUUCUCCUGAAGAAGCUGUUCCAGUAUCAGACAUUAUCAGAUGCGACAUCAAGAGUUGGAGGAGGACACUCACGUGCCAAGCCCCCCAGUAUUAGCCCCAUCUUCAACAGUGGACCCUCUUCAGUAACACCCCAGGGCAUGCUGGGUAGUGAUACACCCAAGGUCAAGGUCAAGAAAGAAGUGAAGAAGAAGGAAGUGAAUUCUACAGAGGUCACAAAGGGAAAGAGUAAGAAACCCAAGCCACCAGCUCCCAAACUUAUACAGCCCAUCCCCUCAGACUCCAGUGGUAGACCUAUAUUCCCCAUAGAACUAGGCACAUUGACUGUAUACAGCAUAGGAGAAGUUGUCUGUGAUAGAGCAGGUUAUCACUCCAAUGAUUACAUAUACCCAGUGGGGUUCUGUACCACCAGACUCUAUGCCAGCCUGGAUGAUCCUCUAAAACAAUGUAUAUACACAUGCAAAAUUACAGACAAUGGACCCAAACCAAAGUUUGAGAUCUGUCCUGAUGACAACCCCUCUGUUGUGUUUGCCUCUGACUCUGCCUCUGAGUGUCACAGAAUGUUACUGGAGAGAAUACGGAGGAUAAGCGGGGUAGACUUGGUGGAAGCCAAAGGCAAAGGACCAGAUUUCUUUGGAUUUUCCCAUCCCACCAUUCAGAACCUUAUCCAGAACUGUCCCGGGGUGAAGAAAUGCAUCAGUUACCAUUGGGUAAAAUUUGAACUGUGCAAGAUGCUGCCAGAGUCUGGGGAGCUGACUGUGCCCAGUGAAAACGAUGCAUCUAUAAGCUUUGAAGCUCUCAAGAAAUCCCCCAUGUUCAGACAGUUGGUUUCCCAAAGAGAGCAGCAUGAAGGAGCAGAGUCCAGUGCUCAUCUCAGGUCCUUGUUAUCUAAACACUAAGACACUGGAUCCUGAUGUCCUUAAGAAAGCUUUGAGAUCAGUUUAGGACCUUGUUAUCUAAACACCAUGACUCUAGACACAGAUGUCCUACAGAAGGAUUGGUGAUCUAAGCACUUAAAAGCCCUGGACAGCAGCAUCCUUUGUGGAGAGCUAAGUCAUCAGUUGGGAUCUUUGCCAGCUAAGCUGAUCAAAAUGGAGAAUCUUACCAGACUUGCUGAAACUGUCUGCCCUGCUGGUCAUGACUGAUAAAAUUUUCAAGUCAAGGAACGAUGGAUAAAUUGUGUUCAGUUGAUCAAAAGGACCACUGACAAUUUUAGAGCAGCAAUACUGGAUUAACAGUUGCCAUGAUACUCACUUAAUGAGCAAUAUUCAACAUGGCA